AUGGCCCUCUACAAAAAUAGCAUGCAAGACAUUUUUUAUAAGUCGAUUUAUAUUCUUCAUCAAGCUGAACAUUCCAGUUCAAGUGAUAAAGAGUUUUCUCACUAUAUAAAAGUCAAAAAAGGUGCAGAAUUAAAUUUGUUGAAGAAAAUGAAACUGUUCAAAAAUCAUUUGCAAAGCGCUAAAUGCAAUGACAAUGUUGUUAUCUAUGGUGGUGCUAAUAUAUUUGAUGAAGCCGAUUCCAAUGAUGAGGAUGUUAGAGACGCAAAUCACCAUUUUAAUAUUAAAAAAAUUCAAAGCUUCACUAAUUCAAAAGGGAAUUUAUCUGAUCAUUAUGUUUGA